GUGUGGAUCAUCCAACCGGACCGGUUUAGUCAGCAACAUCUCUCUCAAUGUACUCCACCAGGGUCAAUAGUCAAAGGCACCAUGAGUGAGACAGAUAACUAUUUACGUGGAAGAAUUAUAAAUCUUAAUUAGAAAUUCUGAGUAAAGGUGAAAGAAACAGCUUGAAAUUUUCUUCCUAGUCUAGGUUAGCUGAAUUUCUUUUUGCUUCGUUUACAAUCAAAAAUAGUAAACCCCAGGAAGUUUUUUUCAUUUUUGACCACUAAAGUAUUCCUGUAUUUUAGUGGAAAGUACUAGUUGGAAAAUCAGCUACAAAUCUAAAUCCUCAAUAUUCUUCACUAUGUGCCCUUUUGUACUUAUUUUGUUUGGACCAUUCUCUUCCAAAAAAACGCGUAAAGUGUAAUUUUUCUAUUCAGAAAGAAAAAAAUUAUAGUUUUAUUAUCUUCUCAUCUCAUCCUCCUAACUUUACUAUUUUCAGAUAUUUUUAAUUCUAAAGAGCUCCAAGGAAACAAGCACAAUCUUGGCUUGAAGUUUAAUAUACCCUCUUGCUUCAACUAUUCAGUCCUUUAACCCUUUUUAGCACUCUGGUUUUCUCAUGUCAUGGUUUUAACAUUCUUUUUAACUGUAUUUGGCUGUUAAGAACUAUCCUGCACCAUGUACUCUUAUUCACGUGCUUUGUAGAUGUUUGCCUUAGUUUCUCUGGAAUUUGAUAAGUUUUCAUGUCCAUCCCUUGAUACCUGCUAAUCUUGUAAUGUUAGUGACUGUAAAAGGGUUUUCAGAGAAGUACAUCACAAUUUUUGUGUAAACGUUAAAAUUGGUGUCCUUUUAUCCUUUUUUGAAACUUAUCAUAUUUCAUUGGAGAUUCUUCGCCUGAUGAGGACUUGAGGUUUAUCUAUGGGGUAUUUUCUGGUCAUCUGAGUUUCUGAAUUUUAGUAAACAUAAAGGAAGGGGGUGGAGAGCAGCCUUUAUGUCUUCUUGAUUACUUAUUUCAUCAGAAAAAUAGAGCUUGAGGUUGGUUUCAAGAUUCAGGAGGAAGGAUCAUCCAAAGUUUAGGCCUUUUACUUUAAAUCAAUCUGCUCUACCUUUUGCCUGAAAAUGGAUGAUGAUAAAUCGGCGGAACAACAUGUCAUUGCUGCAGCUCAUCACCUUGUGAAGGCGUUACAAGCCAGGACAAGCUUGAGCAAUGAAGUAAGAAGAACUCUAGCCGAUCUUGACAUUCAUUUGGCUGCUAUGACUGAACCAAAAGAGGAUGAGACCACAAGUCUCAGAGAGAUUGAAGGUAGGUUCAAGUCAGCUCAGGCAAAAAUCAUGAGCUUGCAGUCGAAUUAUUUGAAGAUAUGGGAUGCUGGUCCUUCUGAACUUCUUGAGUAUCUGCAAAACGUAGAAGAAAUUCGGAUAAUAAUAGUGAGCUUGGAAAAUAUGGUGCCAAACAAGAACAGGAAACAAAAUAGACUUGCUAACCAAGCUCAUAGUAUGUUGCAAAUUGCAAUGGUAAGGUUGCAGGAAGAAGUUACCAACAUUCUUUCGCAGAGUAAGCAGUGUUUUGGUCAUGAAUAUGUGUCGUUCCACUCUUGUGAAGAGAUCGACUUGAUUGAAGAUGACUCAAUAGAGGGAACAUCUUUCAUGGAGAGUACUAGUAGAGCUGAGUCAGAAGAAUGUAUAAUGGAUUUGGUCCAUCCAGGUGUUGUUCCUCAUAUAAAGUCUAUUGCAUAUCUGAUGUUCACUUCACAUUAUGUUCAGGAAUUUUGCCAGGUUUUUAUAAGAUUCUGGAAAGAUGCAUUGCGUGAAUACUUAAACCUUUUCUGUAUGCAAAGAAUCAGUAUUGAAGAUGUGCUGAGCAUGGAGUGGACUUGCUUGAAUUGCAGAAUUAAGAAGUGGUGCAAGGCAACGAAGAAUGUCAUUGCAUUCUAUCUCCCUAGUGAGAAAAACCUCUUUGAUCAGAUUCUUGGUGAGUUUGGAUAUUUUAGUUCAACCUGUUUCAUUGAGGCUUCAAAGGAUGCCAUAUUGUGUCUUUUGAAUUUUGGCCACGCUGUAGCUAUUGGCCCCCUUCGACCAGAACGCCUUUUUUGUUUACUCGAUAUGUAUGACCUUCUAAGAGAUCUUUGUCAAGAAGUGGAUGCUAUGUUCUGUGAAAACCAAGGUAAUUUCAUUAAAAUGGAGUACCAGGAACUCCUGAAAAAUCUUGGAGAUUCUGCAAAAGCAAUCUUUCUAGGGUUGGGGAAUUGCAUUGCUUCAAACACUUCAACAACUCCCUUCCAAGGAGGAAGAGUUCACCCGCUAACCAAGUACGUUAUCAAUUAUUUCAUGCUUCUAUCAGAAUAUUGUGAUACCUUGAGGUACCUCGUGGUAGAGAACUCGGGUGGAGUUAUUGAUGCACUGGUCAGGCUUGACGUUUCUUCUGAAUUCUCAUGUCCAUUGGCUAUUCACUUGCAGUCAGUAGCAUCCAUGCUUGAAUCCAACCUUGAAAAAAAGUCCAAUUUAUAUAAAGAUGAUUCUUUGAAGCACAUCUUUUUGAUGAACAACAUCCAUUACAUGGUCCAGAAAAUCAAGAACUCCAAAAUGAGAACUUGUUUUGGUGAUGAUUGGAUAAAGAAACAUAUUGUAAAAUACUUGCAGCACGAAAAAAGCUACGAGAGAAUAACAUGGAGUCCUAUUCUGUCCUUAAUAACCGGUUAUGAGAACUCAGGGGAGGCAGUUCUGAAGGAGAGGUGCAGAAAUUUCAGUAUUGCUUUUGAGGAUGUGUACAAGAACCAGACAGGAUGGACUAUUCCAGACAUUGAGCUUCGAGAUGAUUUGAGAAUUUCAACCGCGUUAAAGGUCAUUCAUGCCUAUCGGACAUUUGUUGGACAGGUGAAGAAAUCUAUCAGUGAAAAGCACAUCAAGUACACUGAAGAUGACUUGGAGAAGUAUCUCCUUGAUUUUUUUCAAGGUUCAGCGAAGUCACUUAAUCAUCAUUGGAGGAGGUGAAAGAUGAAAAACAGUAGUAGUGUAUGCUCUUUUAUUUCUUGCAUUGAGCCUUCCAUUGCCUUAACUUUUGUAAUUUCUCAAUAGUAUCGUCUUUGUAUCCACCCUCCAACACGCGCGCACACACAAAAUGUAUAGCUGACCAUAGUUCUCGAGUUCAAUUUAGUAUUGUGACUCUAUGGUAUAUGCGCUCCGUGUAAUUUGAUGGUUUCAACUGAGGAUGGCCUUCAACUCUUCAACUGUGGAACAUUGUUUCAAGUGAAUGUGUAAAUCACAGUGAGUGCAUUUUGCAUUAUGCUUUUCUA